AGGGCGCUUAGCAACGGUCCAGAAGGCCAAGGGAAGCAGUCCGGAGUGGGAGACGUGCGAGAGGAACCAACCCUAAAGAUAAUUAUUGCGUACCGGAACGCGCUCUGUCAAAGAUGGCGAAAAUUAUUGAAUGUGUGCCCAACUUCUCCGAAGGGCGAGAUAAGUCUGUGAUCGACGCCAUCGCCGAGUCCGUGCGCGUGACACCGGGGGUGACUCUGCUCGACGUGGACCCCGGCCACUCGACCAAUAGGACAGUAUACACCUUCGUCGGAGACCCGGAGAGCGUGGUCCAGGCCGCCCUCAACGCUGCCAAGGUCGCCUUCAAGUUAAUCGACAUGACCAAGCAUAAGGGUGAGCAUCCGCGAAUGGGAGCGCUGGAUGUGUGUCCGUUCAUCCCAGUUCGGGGCGUGAGCGUGGAGGAGUGCGUGGGCGUCGCUAAAGUGUUCGGACAGCGCCUAGCGGAGGAGGUGGGCGUUCCCGUGUUCCUCUACGGUGCCGCCUCCACCAGAGACUACCGGAAGACGAUGCCGCAGAUCCGCGCCGGGGAAUACGAAGGCCUGAAGGAAAAAUUAAAAAAGGAAGAGUGGGGUCCUGAUUACGGAACGCGUGAUUUCGUUCCCAGUUGGGGCGCUACUGUGACUGGCGUCAGGAAGUUCCUUAUCGCUUACAAUGUCAACAUGAUUGCCACCAAAGAGCAGGCACAUCGGAUUGCUCUGAACCUCCGAGAGCAAGGCCGCAGUCCCGACCAGCCAGGACGUCUGAAGUGCUGCCAGGCCAUCGGGUGGUACUUGCAGGAGCAGAACAUCGCGCAGAUUAGCAUAAAUCUCACGGACUUCGAAGUCACGCCUGUGCACAUUGCGUAUGAAGAGGCCAAGAAGGACGCCGAGGACCUGAACCUCGCCGUCACGGGCUCGGAGAUCGUGGGCCUGGUUCCUCUGGCGGCGAUCCUGCAGGCUGCGGAAUACUACAUCGAAAAGGAGAAGCUGUUUAUCCUCGAGGAAGAACAGAAGGUCCAUCUCGCCAUCAACCGCCUUGGCUUGACUACUAUAUCCUCCUUCAACCCAAAGGAGAGGAUCAUAGAGUACUGCCUCGAGAACCAAAACUCGAAUGCUCUGGCCAACAACACAGUGUCUCAGUUCAUCAGAAGUGUGGCAGCGCGAACGCCUGCACCGGGAGGCGGCUCUGUGGCCGCUACAGUCGCUGCCUUGGGUUCAGCACUAGGCGCCAUGGUGGGCCAGAUGACGUACGGCAAGCGGCAGUGGGAGGCCCUGGACACCACCAUGAGGCGCCUCCUCCCGCCCCUCCACAACACGGCCGUCGACCUCAUACCCGCCAUCGACGCCGACACCGCCGCCUUCAACGACUAUAUGGCCGCCCUCAAGUUGCCGCAGAAGACGGAGGCGGAGAAGGCGAAGCGGGAAGCGGCGGUGAAGGCAGCGACGGAGGCGACCAUCCGCGUGCCACUCUCCCUUAUGAGCACGAUCAACGGCACUUGGGACGCCCUUGCGGAGAUGGCGGGAGUCGGAAACGUCAACUGCAGAUCCGACCUUCAGGUGGGUGCUCGAUGCCUAGAAGCUGGGUCCUGGGGCGCCUAUUACAACGUGCUCAUCAACCUGGACAAUAUCACUGAUCCAGCCGCCAAAUCCAGCUACAUGGCCGAAGCGAACACCCUCUUGCAACGAGCCAAGCAAGGGUGCAGUGCCGUGCUUCAGGCGGUGGAGGAGAGGCAGAAGUAAACAAUGGGAAAGGGAGAAUAACUGUAAAGGUUGAUGAGGAUUUGAGGCGUUUUAGCUUGAUUCUUUUUUGUUUUUUGUUAUUUUUUUAACUCAUUCAUGAAUAAUGUGAAAACAUGAACUAAGAAUGAUAUAAUUCUGCCUUUGUAAGAUUUGUUUCAUCAUUUACUGUAUUCGCUUUGCAAGACAUAAAAUGAUAUAUGAACUGUCCCUGAAAGAUUUCUUUCGUAAAAGGAGUAAAUUACUAACUUAAGUCGAUGUAUGAAAUAUGCUUUGUACGUGAAGUCAUCUGCAUUUGGACAUACACUGCAGAUUUUUAUCAAUGUUGCUCUCAAAUCCGUACCACGAAAUCACAUUGCUCAAUAAUAAGUUGCUCAAUAACAGGCAAGGAAAAUAUAUAUCCCUAUAAUGAGAAAUAAAUGUUGAAUUCUGGUGGUAA